UCAGCUACACGCCACACACACAGGGACUGAAGAUGCAAAGUGUGAGCUAACUCAACUUGUAGAAUUCAUUAGAGAAACUUCAGUAAAAGAAAUCUCCUGAAUCAAAAUAAUAGAAAAUUGCAGGCAUGCUUCGUCCAAAAGACUUGUGUCAAGGAUCUGGAACCAAGACUUUCUUGGAAGCCAUGCAUAGUGGCAAAGUGCAUUUGGCUCGCUUCAUCUUGGAUGCCUUGGAUGGAAGGAUAAUCAACUCCAAAACAGAGAACAGCAAAACUCCUCUGAUGUUUGCUGUGUCUCUACCAGACCCCGCAACCAGAGUGAAGUUCACUAGACUUCUUUUGGAGAAGGGAGCAGAUGUGAACUGCCAGGACGAUGAGGGAAGGACAGCGUUGAGCCUGGCGUGCGAACUGGGACACCUAGAUGUGGUGAAGCUUCUUGUGCAGUUCAAUGCAGACCCUGAAAUAUCUGACACGUGGGGUAAUAGUGCCCUGAUGUAUGCUGCCUGCUCCGGUCACAGCCAGGUUUUGGAAUUUCUCAUCCGAGCUUUCAAGAGACUUGGGCUGAAGCUGGACAGGACCAAUCAAGCUGGACACUCAGCCAUCCAAGUGGCGAAUUUCUUUGGACACAACCAGUGUGUCCAGGCACUGAGCAUCCCAGGAAAUAAAUGCCUCGGUUUGGAAGAGCAACUCGUGGAUGUGAGUAGGAAAGAACAGGGAGAAACACGGCGGCCCAAUCGGCUACCCAGACAAGUGCUGGAAAGGUUCACCAAACAGUUCCACAGUAAAUGUGAAGAUCACCUGCCUGCUGUGUUUCAAAAGCAACUCAGAGUAGGCGACAGCAAUGGACUGAGAAAACGAGUCAAAGUUCAAAACCAGUCCCCAGAAAAAAAAGGCCAGCAGCAGCCUUUUAUCAAUCAGCUUCACAGAAACGUCGACAAGGAUGGCCAAGAAAUUAAAAGCACAGCUCUUUUCACAGUCAAACAAAUGCAAAAUUGCAAACUGAAGGACAGAAAGGGUUUUAAAACAGAAGGCACAGCAGAGCAAAGUAAUGCAGGUGGGUACAAAGACACUGAAGUUACACAAGAGGAGAUAGAAAGAAUUCCAGUCUGGAGCAAAGCAAAGUCAUUCAACAGCGAGCAAUCAGAUCAAGGUGGUUUGUCUGACACAACCGAUCCCUCCAUAAGAGUUAGGAGGGGGUCACUUCAGGGUGAGCAAUCUGUAAUUGCAAAAAUGCAGUACCAAGAGAACUCGUAUUUCGUGAUGAAUGACUCUGACAAAUAUGUCACUGCGCCUAAAACGCUACUAAAUCACAAGAGGCGGGAGCAAUCUGUGCAGCUCGAACACAGCCAGCCAGCAAAUAUAAAUUUGAGCUCUAAAGAAAAUGACAGCUCUGCGCACUCGGGAAUAAGAAUGUGUCAGAAGAGACUAAGCCUUCCACAGUACGGGCGCCCAGACAAACUUCUCACCCAGAGAGUGGAGAUGCCACCGGAGAGGAUCCAGAUGAGGCCGCCGAUGAUUUCUGCGUUGGGAACACGAUUACUCCGGAGGUUCACAGCCCCAGAGUUCCUGAAACUGGUAAAAGACUUCCCCUCUGUGUCUGAUGGUGAAAGAGUCAGGAUGUCCAGAUCCGAGACUUUUCCGCUUUCAUACACGCACCAGAAAGUAAAUAAUCAACCAAGCGUCGACAGCAUCAGUGGAGUAAAAUGUGAGUUUGAACAUAAUGGCUACAAUGUCAUUCAUAAUGUGUAAAGAUUAUUCAUUAAAACGUCACAAAAACAUUAUUUCAGAGCAUUCUUUAAAUAAGGAAAAAGCUACUUGUAAAAAAGAACGGAUACUUUAAUAAAAAAUGAAAUGAUGAAAGAUUAACCAUAUUUAUUCAAUUACAAUACUGAAAAGUAACGUAAACAUAAUCACUGCAAAAGUAAGUAUUUAUAGAAUAUUUUAGCGGAGAUAAAUUAUUUAAAAAUUAAAAUGUUUUAAUAUCUAUGUAAAGAGCUUAAGAUAAAAGUAUCACGAUUGCAGAAGAGUGACAACUAAAACUGAUGUUUAAGGAAAACAUUUCUAAAAAGCAUGAACAAAAAGCUAUAAGCUAUAAGCAAAAAGCUAUAAGUCCAAGUCAUGUAUACUGUAGAUAGAAUAUUAUAUACUGCACCUUAUCGCAUUGAAGCUGAAUGUACUGCAUCUGUAUACAUUUGUAGCCAACUGUGGCAUCAGCAGUAGCAAUGUUGUCCUAUUGUGUCCAAUAGUUACAAAUGAGAUGCAAUCAAAUGUAUUUGUCUUAAAGAAACAUAUUUCUGAACCUAGUGUGUUCUAAAUAUAUGACCGUUUUUGCUGUAAUGUUGUUUUUUUAAUGUUAAUAAACUAUAAUAAAUUAU